UCCCAAUUGAUUUGAUUAUAUUAAUCUUAUAAAGAACCACUAUAUGGCUUCUGCAUAAAAACUCAAUAUCCUAUGUCGUUCACUUUUUGACAGUUUACGAUGGAUAACGUGAAAGAAAAUGAUGCGCAAAAUGACACAAUUGAUUUAGACGAUAUAUUGCCUCAAAUCGGGGAGUUUGGCAAGUAUCAAAAGAUGAUGCUGUGGUUCGUAUGUCUGCCAGCCUGUUUUCCCUGCGGAUUCGGUGCCUUCAAUCAGUUAUUCAUGACUAACGUACCGGAUCACUGGUGUAAAGUACCGGAGCUGCUGAAUUUUACCAAAAAUCAACGGCGGGAGGUCGCCAUCCCGAAAUACAACAAUACUCAUGAGAAAUGUUCUAGAUACAGAGUAAAUUGGACGCAAAUUUUGAAUGAUUACUGCGACGACAUCGACAGUGUUGAAGUUAACAGUUCUUGGCCUCAGGAGAGCUGCAAGGAUGGCUGGGAGUACGACAACAGCGUCGUCUCAAGCAUAGUCAUUGAUUUUGAUUUGGUUUGCGACAAAGAUAUCUACCCGACGUUGGGUUUGGUGUCGUUGAAUUUGGGUGGCCCAAUUGGAGUCUACUUUUUUGGCUGCCUCAAUGACCGAAUUGGUAGAAAGAAGACGUUCUUUUUAUGCUUAACAACCCUGCUAAUUGGAGGUAUAUUAACAGCAGUAGCUCAAGACUUCUGGUGGUGGGCUUCAAGUCGCAUCAUUGUGGGCCUUACAAUUCCAGCUAUUUAUCAAAUUCCUUUCAUAAUUUCUUUAGAGCUGGUUGGUCCAAAUUACAGGUCGUUUGUUACAGUCCUCACGUGCAUGUUUUACACGUUUGGUUUGAUGAUGUUGGCGGGCAUAACGUAUUUAAUUCGUGACUGGGUUUACCUAUCUUACGCCACUUGUGUACCCUUUUUCUUGUACUACUUAUACUGGUUUUUCUUGCCCGAAAGUCCCAGGUGGCUACUAGCCAAAGGCAAGUUCGAGGAAGCCUCUAAAAUCCUAGAAAGUUUGGCACGGAUGAAUCGCAAAGAAUUGCCGCCCAGCUUUCGCCUUCAGUUGAAGCAGAAAAUGAUGCACAAACGUACGGUUAGCGAAGAGGAGGAACUUAAAAAGAACCCGGGUUGGAAAGAAUUGUGUGGCACACCAAACAUGCGACUGAAGACCACUUUGAUUACUUUAAAUUGGUUUGCUAAUGAGACUGUGUACGUGGGUUUGAGCUACUACGGCCCUUCUUUGGGAAGUAACGAGUAUGUGAGUUUUCUCUUGUCGUCCUUGGUGGAAAUUCCAAGUUAUUUUGUUUGUUGGUUGAUGAUGGACAGAUGGGGGAGGAGGUGGCCUCUUUGCUUAUGUAUGAUAUUAAGUGGUGUCAGUUGUAUUGCCACAGUUGUCAUACCAAAUGAUGAUGUUGUUACCACUUUGGUACUGUUCCUGAUUUCAAAAUCGGCGAUAUCAGCCUCAUUUUUGAUAAUAUAUCCUUUCGCUGGGGAAUUAUAUCCGACACAAUUAAGGGGUAUUGGAAUUGGGACAUCAGCAUACAUUGCUGGUUUAGGUCUGAUAAUAAUCCCUUUCAUAACAUAUUUGGGUGCAGAAGUGCUAACACUGCCGUUGAUAAUAAUGGGAGUAGUCUCAGUAAUUGGGGGAAUGUCAGGCUUGAGACUGCCUGAAACACUCCAUCACCGUUUACCUCAAACAGUGGAGGAAGGCGAACAAUUCGGCAAAAAUUUCACAAUGAACGAUUGCCUCCGAUGUAUCCCGAUCAAGCCAGAAUCUUCGGUUUCAUGCUCCUACGAAGACUUGGAAUUAACACCUGUCAAGUUGGAGCCUACUGAAGAAACUCCCCUGGAUCAGAAGCAGAAAAGAUUGUCCAUUAGAAAGCUUACUCGCCAACAAAGCGUAAUGGAUACUCAGAAAAAUCCGGAUGGAACUAUGAAAAUGACGUAUUGGUUUUAAGUUGAUUAUUAGAUGUUUUUGUAAUUUUUUUCUUAAUAAACUUAAUAGACAUUAAA